AUGUAUGAAAAUGCAGAAAUGUUGUUAAAUUCCGGCGCUUCGAUUAACAUUGUGGACAAGGACAAAAUGAACGCGUUGCAUUAUGCGUCGAAAUCACGGGAAGACAAUCGAGAAGUAAUAAAAUUACUGAUUGAAAAAGGCAUCGACUUAAAUACGCAAAAUGGAAAUGGAACGACCGCUUUACAAUUAGCAUGUUUACGGGGUGUUUAUGAAAAUACAGAAAUGUUGUUACAUUUCGGCGCUUCGAUUAAUAUUAGGGACAAGAAAAGCGAUAACCCGUUGCAUUAUGCAUCAUGUUUCCGUAAAGAUAACCAAGAUAUAAUAGAAUUAUUGAUUGGAAAAGGCAUCGACGUAAAUGCACAAUCUAAAGAUAGAAAUACCGCUUUACAUGCUGCAUGUCUACAGGGUGUUUAUAAAAAUGCAGAAACGUUGCUCGAUUCCGGAGCUUGGAUUAACAUAAUGGACAAUCAGAAAGAUAACGAGUUGCACAAUGCAUUGUGUUCAGACGAAGACAAUCGAGAUAUAAUAGCAUUACUGAUUGACAAGGGCGUCGACGUAAAUUCAGAAAAUGAAAACAGCACGACUCCUUUACAACGGCAACAGGAACGCAUUGCAUUAUGCUUCAGAAUCCUUGAAAGUCAAUCGAGACACAAUAAAACUGUUGAUUGA